AUGGCCAACAAACUAUCAACCAAGACAGAAUGCCGCUUUUCGACCCGCAUCUCUAUCCGCUGGCUCCCUGAGCCAGCAAACGAGACAACAGACACAAUCGUCAUGUCUGUGAGAGAUUGGUAUCUGGAUUUACGCAUAGACAAGCAAACAGGCGGCAUCGACUGGGCCAUUGCGGGCCAGCGAAUCAUCGAGAGUCAGGAGCCAAUGCGAGUCGCAUUUACACAUGAGCUAGAUUCUCAUGGCGAGUUUAGCAGCGCCGACUGCGGGACGUUUGUCUCAUUGCCGAAUGGUGAUGACCUCGAAACAGGCGUCAUGCCUCGUCCUGAUAUCCCCGGUGCACCACCAACAGAAUACGAGGAGGUAUGGCGGGAGCUGCCAUUCAGGGAUGGUCCUGAUGGUGCGCAUGGGGGCAUUUCCUGGGUAUUGGAGUCGGACGAUGACGACCUAAUUGGGAAGGAGGGAGAGUUUACGGUGACGAAGACGUUCCUGGGACGGAUCUGGGGCGUGUAUCUGGCGCUGCAGCAGACACAGACUCAUACCCGGCGGAAAACUCCUUCUGGUGAAUGGGAAGUCAGGAAGACCGGGGCGGAUGUUUGUGUUCGAAGGGAAGAGUGGAGUGCUGCUGGGUGGAACGCAAAGUAUGUAGUUGGCAGUGAUGCGAGUACCUUGCCGUCACUUUUGGCUGGGUUUGAGGGUGAGGGUAAAGGAGCAUGGUGUGUGCCAGGGAGUAAGGUUGUGGUCAAUAGGAGGCGGUAUGUUGUUCGGGCAUUUGAGGAGAUAGGUCGACUGCCGGAGGGGAAGACCCUCCUUUGA